AUUGGGGUAAUUUGACCAUGCAUACCUAUAUUGUGUGAUCAUGUGUGAUUUCCGUUAUAAUCAAUCAAAAUCAAACAACAAUACUAAUUAACACUUGUUACUUUUUGUUGCUGUACAGAGAAACCGUUUUGUAUUUGAAAUGUAUUAAUAAGAUCACCGUGUUACUAAUUCAGCAUGUAGGUUUCUGAUUCGUUUAAGUAUGGCACGAAGAUUAAAAAUUGAAUCAGGAUUACAAUUUUAUGGAAGAAUCCAACCACGGCCAACUCUUCAGAACUUGGAUAAUAUUCUAUUCCCAAAUGGUUUAUCUAACAAUGACACUAUUGAAAUUAAUGCAAGUUCAGCUUCUGGGAAUUCUUUAUUAUUAACUCGGUUAAUUGCGCAAUGCAUUUUGCCAUUUAAUCAUAAUGACAAGGAAAUUGGUGGUAUUGAUGCCCGUGUAUUAUUAAUUAAUACAAACCAUAACUUUUUGGUUUCAAAACUUGUAAACAUGAUGAUGAAUAUUUUAAAUGAGAAAGAAGUUUUAGAUUCAAGCCAAGUUAUUGACGAUAUCAUCAAACGAUCUUUAACUAAUUUAACCAUUAUUAAUUGUUAUUCAAGUUUUCAUUAUUUACUAACGUUAAAAACACUAGACAUUGUCAUAAGUAGUAAGAAAAUUAGUCUUGUAACGAUAGAUACCAUAGAUGCAUAUUAUUGGGAAGAUCGAAAGAGCGGGGGACAACGGACAAUGAGUAGUUACAUAAAAAAUCUUUUGAUGUCAGUACAGAAACAUACUUUUCAUUGGAACAACGUUUUUAUAUAUACUCGGUUAAAUUUUUAUAAAAAUAAAAGUAAAGAUUCUGUCACUUGUGUUCGUGAACCAACUGAGAGUAGAAUAAAUUACAGAUUGAAACUUGAAUAUUGUAGUAAAAAAAAUAAACAUAUGUGUUCAAUUGAAUCUCAUGAAAAAACUUGGCUAAUCGAAAGUCCGAUCAACUCUAAUUAAAUGGAUUGUUGACACAAAUGAAACUCGAGAAUUCAUCGAAAAUAAAAAAAAUAUUUUGUAUGCGUAACUCAUAAAUACUGAGAUUGCUUUGAAAUAUUAAACUUAUCCAAUUUAUGUACUGAGAAUAUGAUAUAAAAAAAAAUAAAAUUUAAUCACUUUAGCUGUACUUCAGUAAUUUAUUUA